UCGAGCAACAAAGGAAACAAGGAGUGCAAACCCAAACUACAAACUCUAAACUUGGCCAAGACGAAAUCCCACAAAUUCUCCGAUCUGCUUACAGACUAUACGGCGGCGUAUCAAAUCGAAUGGCGACGGCGGCUAUAGAGACUCGGCGGGCAGAUGAAUUGAAGCAGCAGCACCAGCAAGGCGCCGGGACCGGCGGCGGCGAAGGGCUCCGGCAGUACUAUCAGCAGCGCAUACAGGAUAUGCAGCUGUUAGUCCGCCAGAAAGAUCACGAUCUCCAGCGCCUCGAAGCUCAGCGCAAUGACCUCAAUUCCCGAGUAAGAUCGCUGAAGGAAGAGUUGCAGCUUCUUCAGGAGCCUGGAUCUUAUGUUGGUGAAGUUGUCAAAGUUAUGGGAAAAUCGAAGGUCCUUGUCAAGGUUCAUCCUGAGGGGAAGUAUGUAGUUGACAUUGACAAAAGCAUUGACAUCACUAAGAUUACACCUUCGACAAGGGUCGCUUUACGUAAUGAUAGCUAUGUGCUCCACCUGGUCCUACCCAGUAAAGUCGAUCCGCUGGUGAACCUUAUGAAAGUUGAAAAAGUUCCAGACUCCACUUAUGACAUGAUUGGUGGUCUUGACCAGCAAAUCAAAGAGAUAAAAGAGGUGAUUGAACUUCCGAUCAAGCAUCCUGAACUGUUUGAGAGUCUUGGAAUAGCUCAACCUAAGGGAGUUUUGCUAUAUGGCCCACCUGGCACGGGUAAGACUUUGCUUGCAAGGGCAGUGGCUCACCAUACCGACUGCACUUUCAUUCGAGUUUCGGGAUCUGAAUUGGUUCAGAAGUACAUUGGAGAAGGUUCUAGAAUGGUCAGAGAACUUUUUGUGAUGGCCAGAGAGCACGCUCCAUCCAUCAUCUUCAUGGACGAAAUUGAUAGUAUUGGAUCAGCUCGUAUGGAAUCCGGAAGUGGAAAUGGGGAUAGUGAAGUUCAGCGAACUAUGCUUGAGCUUCUCAAUCAGCUCGAUGGCUUUGAAGCAUCUAAUAAGAUAAAAGUGCUGAUGGCCACUAAUAGAAUUGACAUUCUGGACCAAGCUCUUCUUAGGCCUGGAAGAAUUGAUAGAAAGAUCGAGUUCCCAAAUCCCAAUGAAGAUUCUCGGGCUGACAUCUUGAAAAUACACUCGAGGAAAAUGAAUUUGAUGCGAGGGAUUGAUCUGAAGAAGAUUGCCGAGAAGAUGAAUGGCGCAUCUGGUGCAGAACUUAAGGCGGUUUGCACGGAAGCUGGAAUGUUUGCACUGAGAGAGAGGAGAGUUCAUGUUACUCAGGAGGACUUUGAGAUGGCUGUUGCUAAAGUAAUGAAGAAGGAAACUGAGAAGAACAUGUCUUUGAGGAAGCUUUGGAAGUAGAUUCUCUUUUUUCGUUUCUAUUACAUCCACAACUAUCUAGACAAGAAACAAACUUUUAAACAUUGAACUUUGUUGUACCAGGUAAACAAACAUCGUCAUUUUCAUUUUCGUUAUUUCUAUUUCCCGAUAUCUGUUUUCAGAUUUUUAUUGCCCUGUAUUUUUAUUUUUUAUUUUUUGGUGAAAAUCGGUACUAUAUUUUCCGUUGCUA